GAGUGUGUAGGAGAUUCGUGGGUCUGCUGGGAAAUGUAGUCAUGUGCGUGAGGGCUAAGUAGUACGGAUGUGACUGUAAGACCCAGGGUGCAAGGCGCUAACUUCCGGAACUGAGCGAGGGGAAGCAGGAGGAGCGCUUGGCGACCAUGACGAAGCUGACGGACUGCAUCCUGUCCCUGGGUCUGCUGACUGCAGUCUGGGCUGGCCUUGUCUUCGACCCGCUGGGCCUGGACCUGCCCAAGCCCGGCCCCGAGCUCCUGUGGCCCCUGCCUGCCUACCUGCUGGUCUGCUUCGGCUGCUAUUCCCUGGCCACCGUGGGUUUCCGCCUGGCCUCCUUCAACGACUGCCCGGACGCUGCUACAGAGCUCCAACGCCAGAUCCACGAGGCGAGGAGGGAGCUUGCUGCCCGAGGCUUCCGCUUCCCGGAGCCCCAGGGCUCGGCCUAGUGGGAGGAUGCUGGACCCUGUCCCUGGCAUAAUGCACAGCCAGAUUGUUUUGUCUAUUAGAUUGUUUUUUAAUUUAAAAAAUAGACUUUAUUCAUGUAAAAAAAUACAAACUUCAAAAACUUUA